CGCCGCCCUUCGCGCAUGCGCGGCCCGAGGCGGCGGGCAUAGAGCGGGCAGGAGGGGCGGCGCGUGCGCUGUGGGGAGCGGCGGUUUGGCGGAGCCGUCGGGAUGUCGCGUUACGGCCGCUAUGGAGGCGAGACCAAGGUGUACGUGGGGAACCUGGGCACGGGCGCGGGCAAAGGCGAGCUGGAGAGAGCGUUCAGCUACUAUGGGCCGCUGAGAACCGUGUGGAUCGCCAGGAACCCGCCGGGGUUCGCCUUCGUGGAGUUUGAAGACCCGAGGGAUGCCGAAGACGCCGUCCGUGGGCUGGAUGGGAAGGUGAUCUGUGGCUCCAGGGUUCGAGUGGAGGUGUCGACGGGCAUGCCCCGUCGCUCCCGUUACGACAGGCCUCCUGCACGGCGCCCCUUUGACCCCAACGACAGAUGCUAUGAGUGUGGUGAGAAAGGCCACUAUGCCUACGACUGCCAUCGCUACAGCCGCCGCAGGAGGAGCAGGUCCCGGUCUCGAUCCCGCUCCAGGUCCCGAGGAAGGAGAUAUUCUCGCUCACGCAGUCGUAGCCGUGGUAGGAGGUCCAGAUCUGCUUCCUAUCGUAGGUCACGGUCGGUUUCACCUCGUAGGUCUAGGUCUGUGUCUCCACGCCGGUCCCGCUCAGGUUCCUUGAAGAGAUCAAGGUCGAGAUCACGAUCAAGGUCUCGAUCCAGAUCUGUUACAUGGCCUCGAAGCAGGUCUAGGUCUCACGGCAGAUCUAAAUCUGGCACGCCGGCUAAGAGUCGGUCAAAGUCCCGAUCACCAUCUCCAAAGAGAAGUCGUUCGCCAUCAGGAAGCCCUCAAAGAAGCGCAAGCCCUGAAAGAAUGGAUUAAAGUUAUGAAUUUAACCUUUUAGGAAGAAAGUUAUUUUGCUUACAUUAUUAUAAGGGAUUUUGUGGUGUCUUUGUAAAUGUAAGAAUGUAGAUAGAAGAGUAUAUCAAUUAAAAUUUGGCAUGAUCUGGGUCUUCUGAGUUAGUCACACCAAUAGACUAGCGCAGGUCUCUUUUUAUUGUAUGAAUUAACUGUCAUAUGAAAAUGUGGGACUUUUUUUAUCGGCACAUUGAAAUAAAAUGUGUAUUUUUAACUAAAA